AUGCUUGAGUCCACCAGGCAGGAACUAACAGUAUACAGACAGCAGGACGCCCCAGUGUACCAAACAAGCUCACGAUUCAGUGAAAAAACUACCAUGCCACCUGAGGGAAGCACCAAGGCUUGGAUACCGCCAAGCUGCCCAAGCCUAGAUAGUAGAAGUCGAGAUGCAGAGGCCGGGUUCGAACCACGGACCUUCCGGUUAGCAAAUUCGCGCUCUAACCAGAAAUUCAAUGUGGAGUUCAAUGGAACUGAUGUGGUGAUCUAUCCCACCACCAGACAGCAGAUCAACAUCAACAGCAUAUUCAAAAUCAAAGAUCCGAAUACAUGUCGGAAACUGCACACCAUUGUAGCAUCCGCGUGA